UAGAUAUAAGAGGAGUUAGAGAAAUCACGGAGAGACGUGUCUCUGGGUGCGAGCUGCCUGAGCCGCUCUGUGUGUCUGCCGUCGAGGGACAUCCUGCUCAGGGAUCUGACUGAGGCCGGAGCCGCUGCUGCUGAAUCCGCACUUACAGCUGCUCCAGCAGACUCCCUCACCUCCAGUUAGCACAGUGCCCUGCUGCCUCCGACUCAGCUGAGAUGGCUCCCACUCUGGCCACAGCUUUCUCCCGCCGCUGGUGGAUGGCGGUGACGGCGGUCAUAGAGAACCUGCUCUUCUCUGCCGUGCUGCUCGGUUGGGGAUCCCUGCUCAUCAUGCUCAAGUCUGAGGGCUUCUACUCGUACUUGUGUAAAGAACAAGAAAACACAUCAAGCCUCAUCUUCGCCAAUAACUCCACCCCAGCUGAAGAGUACCUGGAAAUGAAUGGCUGGUCCAUCUGCAAGGACCAGGAUGAGAUGCUGAACCUGGCCUUCACUGUGGGCUCCUUCCUGCUGUCGGCCAUCACUCUGCCCAUGGGCAUCGUCAUGGACAAAUAUGGACCACGGAAACUGAGACUUCUGGGCAGUGCCUGCUUCGCCUUUUCCUGCCUCCUCAUCGCCUACGGAGCCAGUGAUCCCAACAAUCUGUCCAUAUUGAUCUUCUUUGCUUUGGCGCUGAACGGGUUUGGAGGCAUGUGCAUGACCUUCACUUCUCUCACGCUCCCCAGCAUGUUUGGAGACCUGAGGUCGACCUUCAUCGCCCUGAUGAUCGGAUCCUACGCCUCCUCCGCUGUCACCUUCCCUGGUAUUAAGGUGAUCUAUGAUCUGGGUGCCACUUUUGUCUCCAUCCUAAUGGUUUGGGCCGGCUGUGCCUGCCUCGUCUUCCUCAACUGCUUCAUCAACUGGCCUCUGGAACCUUUCCCCGGCCCGGAGGACAUGGAUUACACGGUGAAGGUCAAGUUCAGCUGGCUGGGCUUCGACCACAAGAUCACCGGGAAGCAGUUUUAUCGGCAGGUAACCACCGUGGGUCGCCGCCUCAGUGUCGGCAACUCCAUGAAGCAGCAGCACCACCAGCCCAAAGACCUGGCCACGCAGGAAGGCAACAAGCUGUGCCUGUCCACCGUGGACCUGGAGGUGAAGUGCAAGUCCGAGCUGGAGACUCAGACCUUCAUGAAAAGUAUCUUCAGUCCAAUCUUCAUGCUGAGCCUCAUCACCAUGUGCGUGACCCAGCUGCGCCUCAUCUUCUACAUGGGCGCUAUGAACACCAUCUUGGAUUCCCUGACGGAGGGGGACCUGAGCAAAGUGAGUGUUUACACGUCCAUCUUUGGUGUGCUCCAGCUUUUGUGUCUGAUCACCUCUCCUGUGAUUGGCUACGUCAUGGACUGGAAACUCAAAGAUUGUGAGGACGAGAGUGACAAGCUAGCCAAGAGGGAGCCUGGUGAGCCCCGCCGCCCUGAGAAAUAUAUACAGAAGAUUGCCAAUGCCACCAGAGCCUUCAUUUUUACCAACCUGCUCCUGGUUUGCUUUGGAUUCACCUGCAUCGUCCCCAACCUGCCCCUUCAGAUUCUGUCGUUCGUCCUGCACACGAUCGUCAGAGGCUUCAUCCACUCGGCAGUCGGAGGCCUCUACGCUGCUGUGUACCCGUCCUCUCAGUUUGGCAGCCUGACAGGUAUGCAGUCUCUGAUCAGCGCCCUGUUCGCCCUGCUCCAGCAGCCUCUCUUCAUGGCCAUGGUGGGACCCCUGGAAGGAGACCCUCUAUGGGUGAACGUGGGCCUGCUGGUGCUGAGCCUGCUGGGAUUCUGCCUGCCCCUCUACCUGUUGUGCCACAGCCGCAACCUCCAGCGCCUCAGAGACGAGCGCGACGAGGAUCCCAAGAUCUAUGUCAAGAUUAACAAUGGCAGCAAGCCCGAGGCCUUCGUCUAGACUGGGAGAAAGAAUGGAGCGUUCAUACACCAAAAAGAGACAGAGAGAGAGAGGAAGAAGAGAGGGAGGUUAUCAUGGCCUGGGUGACAUUUGUGAAAAAUACACGCUGUCUCUCCAUUACAACACCCCCCCCCCCCCACACACACACACACACAGACACAAACACACACACACACACACACACACACACACUCACACACACUCACACCUGACAUUACACUGCCAUAUUGCCAGUUGGCCAAACAUGACUGCACACCACUGUGACACUGUGACCCCCCCCUCCCCCCGCCCCCCAACCCCCCUCAUCUGUUGCAUAUACACUGUGGGAAGUCUGACACACACAUACAAAUCCUCUCCAGCCCUACAAUGAUGUGUGUGUGUGUGUUUGUGUUUGUCCAUGUGUGAGUUUGUUCGUGCGUGUGUACCUCUUUAACAGCAUCUCUGUAUUGAAGAGGAAAUCGACUAAUGGGAGAAAGAGGAGGCAACUCUGAACUUUUUAUUUCAUCCCAAAUGUAUCCUCUCCAUCCCUCUUUUCAUUUGUAUUAUGCGCCGUUACACACGUCACUGAAAGUUGACCUUAUUAUCCUCUGCUGGUCCUUCUUAAAAACCAUAAAAGAAGAAGAGAACGACAAUACCCGCCAAGCAAUAUGUGGGAAUCUUCAGGGAAACAAAUUGUCAGUGACCAGUAUUGUGCGAGUAACCAUGGCGUAAGCUAGAGUGUAACUUUUGUGACCUCUGCUUCCUGAUGGAUUAUGGUCUAAAUUUAAAAUCAGCACAAACCAGUGUCAAACAAAGCGGCUGCCUGGUGUCUGUAUUAUUUUUGACGACUUGAAACAUCCUCUGGGAUACAAAAUAAAAGUAUAUACACACAAGCGCACACAAACAUACACACACACACACACAAGUGGCACCACUGAUCCGGACGUCUGCUUCCUCAUGCCACUGGAGGGCAUUAUCUUAAUAAGAAUUCAGACAGCAGUAUUGGUAGCAGUUGAGAUUGAAACACACAGUAUGACGCACAGAUGAAUUAGAGAAAAACACAGCCGCAGCAGCAGCUCUGUGUGUGUGUGUGUGUGUGUGUGUGUCUGUGUGUGACAUGGUGCAGUGUGAGGAAGUGUCUUCUGAUGUUUGAUAAACUACACUGCAUGAUGCCAGUCAUGACAUGCUGGUCCUUUAUUAAACUUUCACUCAGUCAGUAGUGCAGGAACACACUCAGAAUGUGAGUAAAGUUGUUGUUCUCUAGGAUCAUGAAUUCCUUUUAUAUGCGAAAUAUGUAACCUUUAAUUGUUGUUUUCUUUCUUUCUUUUUAAAUGUAUUUAUUGCAAUAUGAUUGCAGAUGUACUGUUACAUCUGUUUGUACCCUACACAUGAUCUGAAGAUGUGGAGGAGGAGUUAUGUUUUUACACUGUCUAGACAGGAUGAAGAUAUUAGAUGUAGUGUGUUUUUAAAGGUUGCCUUUGUGUAGAGGUGGAGCCCCCUGUUCUGCUUGCUACACACACGGGUUUUGGAAGUUUUCGAUUCGUCGUAGCAAUAAGUGCUUCUGUGGGAUGCUGGGCAACCCGUUGACUCACAAUCACACACACACAAACAGGCGUAUAAUCACAACGGGUGCUAAUUAAUCACAGAGAUGUGUUUUGUGUUUUUUUGCUUUAAGGAGUAAUUUUACCACAAAAGGUAACACAAUUGGCAUCCAUUUUUAGCACACGAUUUCAAAAGAACCAAUCAAGGUACCAUUUCACGUGACUACUUUUCUCUCUGGGGUUUCUGAUAGAGAUUGUUGAUUCUGCACCAUAACACACAGUGGAGCCUCUUGAAUUCACCAGUGACUGACAUAAAGGGACAUUAGCUUGAAGAAAGAAGGCUUAUAAAGACACAUUCAGAACUUUGUUUUUGACUUAAAAGCCCAGGAAGCAGGAGUAGAGAAUGAUACAGGGGGAUAAUAUUUGCAUUCGGAUUCAGCCCGCUGACUUCAGACGCCACACAGUGAAGCUCCAGAUAUUCUCUGCCUGGCAGUUAACUCACAGAGGCACUUCCAAAGACAGCCAUGACCCUCAGAGUGCCUCUUCAUGAGUAAAGACGGUUGGAGGAGUAGAUUCAAUGUUGCACACCAAGUCCAUUCCUCCUUUCAGUCACGUAUCCAUCUUUGUGUUCUUUUCAUCCACCCAUCCAUCAGUCCGCGAACAAGUUGUGGGGUGUUCACUGAUGGCGGAGCUGAGAGACAAGCCUCUGCUGCCACUGCAGGCCCCCAGUGAAUGACUAAGUGAGAAACGAAUGGCACAUGAUGCACUUUAGACCUCAAAAAUGGACCUCAGUCAUGUAUAUCUGAAUGGCCUGCCCCCCCCCCCCCCCCUGCAUCAGACACACAGUGCAUGGCUGCUUAGUGGAGAUGCAUGGUUCAAAGAAUGUAUACGUAGAGCUUCAGAUGUAGACUUAUAAUUCAGAACAUGGGAAUGGAAAGAUGCUAUUAUUUUUUUAACUCAGAAACUGCUUAACAUGUUCAUUAUAUUGCCUUUAUGUGCGUGGACAGUGUGGCAGAGUCUUGUCUCUCGGCUCAGGACCUUUCGUAAAUGUGGACAUCACCAUAUCACGACUGUAGGGCGCGUUCAUCCUCAUUGAUCUGCAUGGGUUUGAUAUCCAUCUCUAGGAUCACAGAGAACUGUAUGGAGUCAAAUUGGUGCUGGAAUGAUCUGUUUUCUUGGAUGUCAAACAUAAAGGAACCAUAGUAAAGUAAUAGAAUAUUCUACAUUUGGAAUAAAACCAAAUUCACAUUUUUACAUUUCUAUUCAUGUAGAAUUUGAUGUUGAUCUUUGGAAAAUAAAAUGCAGAAGAAAGUAA